UUGUCUAGUAACUUGCGUAUCUGUAUUCUCUACAGGCAAGAAUGGUUAGAUCUGAAGGCUGAGUAUUUGACCCUGCAAAGAGCUAGCAUGUCUGCCCUAAAAAAGUCGAUAAGGGGAAGAAAUAAUGAUUCGAUGGAGGUUGAAGCAGCAAAACAGAACUCAAGUGUGAAAGACGUUAAUAUGGUGAAGAACGAAACACUUGGACCGCAGUUUGUCUGUGGGGUUAUUGUGAAGAUCACCAGUUUGGAACCAUUUCCAAAUCGCCAGCAUGUUAAAGAUGCUUUGUCUGGGGUCUCUGAAGUGGCAUAUGUAGAUAUGCUGGAAGGAGAUACAGAGUGUCAUGUUCGUUUUAAAACCCCUGAAGGUGCCCAAGCAGUUCUUGAUUCCUGCCCAGAAGUGCAGAGAAAGCAUAACUGGAAAAUGCAGAUCCUUUCAGGAGAUGGUGAGCAGAGAUACUGGCAGAAGAUCUUGGUAGACAGACAAGCAAAAUUAAACAGACCUCGUGAAAAGAUACGUGGUACUCAAAAGCUUGUUGCCAAAGGUGAAAACAUGAGGCUUAUCAAAUCGCAGGAGGCAAGCAAGCACAUCCGAUUCCUUGAGGAGCCUUGAGUUACUGGAAUUGUACAUUCUUAUUUUUUUCCCCUUUUGUUAAAGCCUACAUUUGUAAACUGUACUAUGCAUUUCCUUUUAAAGAUUGAUAUUCUAUAUUGGAUGCUCUAAUCCAGUUGUCACAACUUUGUACAUCAGUGUUAGGAAGCCCAGCAUAUGACCUUUUUGCGUUAAGCUGAAUUGAAACAUUGUUUUUAUAAUAAAAUACAUAUUUGAAAUGUA